UAUUGCAUUACAGUUUACUAAGUGAACUAGCUCGCAGUAGUGAAAUCAAAACCGGAAGAUAUGGUGGAAAAACUUCAAAUAGGAAUACCGGAAGCCUGUCGGAUGCUGUUGAUCUUCACAAUUUUUACUGUUGUGCUGGCAACCAACAAUCUUCCUGAAAACAGGACUAUAUUAAAUCAAUAUUUCCCACUAACCAUAGUUCACAACAAUGAUUUUCAUGCGAGAUUCGAGGAAAUUAACGGGAAAUCUAAAAAUUGCACCGAAGCCGAAAGAGAAAAGGGAUUGUGCGUUGCCGGAGUUGCUAGGCUUUCUACCACGAUAAAAUCUCUGCUUAAGCAGUACAAAUGUAAGAACGCCAUCUACCUCAACGCUGGUGAUAACUUUCAGGGCUCCCUGUGGUUUAGUUUGCUGCGAAAGGACCCGUACCUGGAUUUGUUUCGACAAUUGAGCCCGACUGCAAUGACCUUAGGUAACCACGAGUUUUCCGAAAAUUCAAAUGAUUUGGCGGAGUACAUACGAUCGCUGAAGGCAGUCGGGAUUCCGACUGUUGUUGCCAACCUCAAGCUGAACGGGGAGCGUUCGUUGAGUGAAGGCGAUAUUCCCAGUUCAAUUACUCUGAAAUACCCGCAACGCAACGUGUCUAUCAUAGGAGUAUUGUACGAUCAAACUCAUAACAUCGCUAGAACGGGAAAAAUAACUUUUUCCGACGCAGUGGCAGCAGUAAUCGAGGAAGCACAGAAAUUAAAAGCUCAGAAUUUGCAUCAAAUCAUAGUGUUGUCGCAUUGCGGUAUCGACGUGGACAUGAAAAUUGCUGCAGAGGCAGGUCAUCUCAUCGAUAUGAUUGUUGGGGCGCAUACCCAUUCAUUUCUGUAUCCGUCCGAUUCGAAAGUCCCUUACGAUGCUACGAACGAUGUCAUCGAAGGUGACUAUCCACUGAUCGUCACCAGCGCUCAAGGAUCCCGGAAAAUUCCUAUUGUUCAGGCAAAAUCUUUCGGGAAAUAUGUCGGCCGGAUAACGUUGUACUUCGACAGAAACGGAGAUAUCGAGUUCUGGGAAGGCGCUCCGGUUUAUGUUAAUGGAUCCGUAGAACCAGACCCGAUCAUCGCCAAAACUAUGCAGCAAUGGCGAGAAAAGAUGUGGAACCUUGGAAUGACCACCGUAGGUGAAACGAAGGUUCAACUGAAUCGUGCUCCGUGUAGAUCAUUAGAAUGCUCCCUUGGGACUGUAACUGCGGAUGCCUUCGUUUAUCAAUGGACAAACGAAACUUUCAAGCCAUUGGGGUUUGUGCAAGGAGGAACUUUCAGAAAUUCUAUUCCCAUUGGUCAUAUAACGAACGGACACAUUCUGGAGGCAUCACCGUUUGGAUCAACAGUUGAUUUGGUUCAGAUGAAGGGCGAAGACAUGUGGAGUGUGGCCGAGCAUUCCUUAACCCUUGACGUCGAAAACCGUACCAAUUGCCUGCAGGUGUCAGGGAUGAGGAUCAGAUUCGACCCUACACAGCCUCCCUACAAACGUUUGAUUUCUUUUGACGUUUCAACGGGACAGCAGGAAUCGUUUGAAAGUUUAGAUCUCAAAGCAAGUUACUACGUCGCGGUUUCGUCCUUCGUGGCUGCCGGCAGGGAUGGUUUUGUUUGGAUGAAAAAUGCUACGGCUCUGGGCGUGGGACCAGUUGACACCGAUGUCAUUAAGAACUACAUCAUUCACCGCAAGGUUAUAGAAUCCGUGCCAAUAGGUAGAGUUCAAAUUUGUGGAGUCAACUGGGAUUGCGAGACCGAUGUAGCCCUCCCUUUGAACGAAGAAGGGAUGCCAUUAUCAAAGAAAUCUUAAUUCUUUAAUUUUCGAUAAAAUUUUAUGAUAAAUUUAUGUAGCUUUAUCUCCAUUCAUGUAUUAAAGUAUAUUUAGAUUGAAUAUAAAACAUGGUCAAUAAUAAACACUUUUAGCUGUA